CCGAGAGUGGUUCAUAAAAACAACUGGAUCCAUUCUUCCACUGAAAACAUGCUGAAGGGCUUGACCACGCCACGCGCAUGCGCAUCAGUACAUUCUGGCUGUUGGGAUUCAGGGCGGAAAACCUUCCAAGAACCUUUCAAAAUAAGAGAUUUGUGUCUGCUGCUGGCAGCACCGAAAGAAGAAAGCGGCGGUGGGGGCUUGAUGAAGGCUACUACCGCCGUGUGGGAGGAUUUCUACCCGAUUCUGGUCGAAGGUCGGGACCUCUCUGAAGCUGCUCAAAGCUCCAAAAGUCAAAACAAAGAAAAGAAAAGAACAGAGAGGAUUUGUAUUCAGCAGGCAAAUAAUCCCCCCUGAUUGAUAGAGAAAGGCUGUUUUUCCUGCUCGUGAAUGUGGAGGAGCACGCAGCUGGAAGUCGUGUUUUUCCUGUUUUCCCGGGCGCGUGCCUCAGUCUAACUUGACCGCCUCCUCCCAUCGGCUCCAGCCAAGAAGACUUCCGGUGGUGUGUCAUGGCGGUGGCAUGGUGAAUCCCACCGAAAGCCAACAUUUUACGGCCCGCUCGCGACCUCUGCUUCGCCCACAACCCAUUUUCAUGUAGAAACGAGCCGCUCGGUUCCGGCUCCGUCGCGAGGACUCAGCAGCGCCGCCGCCCGCGUCGCUCCGGCCGGCCAUGGCGGCCCACAAGCCCGUGGAGUGGGUCCAGGCCGUGAUCAACAGAUUCGAUGAGCAGCUUCCCAUCAAAGUGGGCCAUCAGAACACCCACAGUAAAGUGAGCACCGAGCACAACAAGGAGUGUCUGAUCAACAUCUCCAAGUACAAGUUCUCCCUGGUCAUCAGUGGGCUCACCUCCAUCCUCAAAAAUGUCAACAACAUGCGGAUCUUUGGAGAAGCCUCCGAGAAGAACCUGUACCUGUCGCAGCUCAUCAUCCUGGACACCCUAGACAAGUGCCUGGCCGGGCAACCCAAGGACUGCCUGCGUCUGGAUGAGACCAUGCUGGUCAAGCAGCUACUGCCCGAGAUCUGCCACUUCAUCCACACAUACCGAGAGGGCCACCAGCACGCCGCCGAGCUGCGGGCCUCCGCCUCCGCCGUCCUCUUCUCUCUGAGCUGCAACAACUUCAACGCCGUCUUCAGCCGCAUCGCCACCAGGCUGCAGGAGCUGACCGUGUGCUCGGAGGACAACGUGGACGUUCAUGACAUCGAGCUGAUGCAGUACAUUAAUGUGGACUGCUCCAAGCUGAAGAAGCUGCUGCAAGAAACGGCGUUGAAGUUUCGGGCUCUGAAGAAGCCUGCCCAGCUCACUGUCAUCAACAGUUUGGAGAAGGCCUUCUGGAACUGGGUGGAGAACUAUCCAGAUGAGUUCACCAUGCUGUACCAGCGUCCACAGGCAGACAUGGCAGAAGCUGCAGAGAAGCUGUUCGACCUGGUGGACAGUUUUGCUGAGAGCGCCAAGAGGAAGGCGGCGGUGUGGCCCCUGCAGAUCAUUCUCCUCGUCCUCUGUCCAGAGAUCACCCACACCAUCUCCAAAGACACAGUGGAGGACAGCAAAGCCAACAAGAAACAGUUUCUGGAUAACAUGAGGAAGGCGCUGGCGGGUCAAGGCGGGAACAAGCAGCUGAUGGAGAGCGCCGCUGUCGCUUGCGUGAAGCUCUGCAAGGCCUCCACCUAUAUCAACUGGGAAGACCACUCCACCAUUUUCCUCCUGGUCCAGUCCAUUGUAAUGGAUCUUAAGGCAAUGCUGUUCAACCCGGCCAAGCCCUUCUUCAGGGGGACGGGCAGCCAGAACGCCGACGUGGAGCUGAUGACCGACUGCUUCGUCUCCUGUUUCCGCAUCAACCCUCACAACAACCAGCACUUUAAGGUCUGCUUGGCCUCGUCCUCUCCGUCGACCUUUCACUUUGUCCUGGUCAACUCGCUGCACAGAAUAAUAACCAACUCUCAUCUGGACUGGUGGCCGAAGAUCGACACGGUGUACUGCUACUCUGCAGAGCUUCGCUUCAUGUUCUCAGACACCAAGUCCCGGGUGAUCCAAGCCGCCGGAGCGCACCCGCCUGUGCGCAUCACCCCGAGUCUGACCUUCAUAGGGAAGAAGACCCCCAGCCUCAAAAGUAAGGACAAAGCCACGGACCUCGACACUAACAAGUGCCUCCUCCUCGCACUGGUCAAGCUCAUCCAUGCAGACCCCAAACUCCUGCUGCAUAACCCAGUGGUGAGACAGACUCCAGAGACUCAGAGCAGCACGGCAGAGCUCAUCAUAGGCCUGGUGCAACUCGUCCCACUCAACAGCACCACACAGCUGUCACAGGAAGCCAUGGAGGCUCUGCUGGUUUUACAUCAGCCAGAGGCCAUUGAGCUGUGGAACCCUGAUGCCCCAAUGGAGACUUUCUGGGACAUAAGCUCACAGGUGCUCUUUAAGAUCUGUCGCAAACUCAUCGACCAGCAGAUGGCGAACGGGACCGAGGUGCUGAAGUGGCUGAGGGAAAUCCUCAUCUGCAGGAACAAGUUUCUGCUCAAAAACAAGGAGUGUGCCACCAUGGGAGGUGGCAUUCCCAUCUGCCGGCAGGCGCAGACCAAGCUAGAGGUUUGUCUCUACAUGUUCCUGUGGAGCCCGGACACCGAGGCCGUGCUGGUGGCCAUGUCCUGUUUCCGCCACCUCUGUGAGGAGGCGGACAUCCGCAGCGCCGCGGACGAGGUGGCCGUCCAGAACAUCCUGCCCAACUUCGCCACCUUCAGUGAGCUGGCCUCUGUCAGCACCAUGAUGGGAACAGGUCGCUCCACCCUGCAGAAAAGAGUGAUGGCCUUAUUGAGAAGAAUCGAGCAUCCCACACCGGGGAACAUGGAGGCGUGGGAGGACACGUAUGCAAAGUGGGACCAGGCCACCAAACAGAUACUCAACUUCCCCAAAAACAAAGCUGAUGAUGGACAGCAGGAGUGGAUCAACAUGACAGGCUUCCUGUGUGCUCUGGGUGGGGUCUGCCUGCAGCAGCGCAGCACCCCCGGUCCCGCCACCUACAGCCCGCCCAUGGGCCCGCUGAAUGAGAGGAAGCCCUCCAUGAUCUCCGUAACACCCUGUGACAUGUCCGGCGCCGCAGCCGCCUCCUGCUCAUCGUCGGCUUCCAGCGAGACGCCGGUCAGCCGCUUCCUGGACCGGCUGCUUGCCCUGCUGGUGUGUGGCCAUGACAGGGUGGGCCUUCACGUCCGAACCAACGUUAAAGAUUUCUUGGGCCUGGAGCUGAGCCCUGCCCUCUACCCCAUGCUGUUCAACAAGUUAAAGAACAGCAUCGGGAAGUUCUUUGACACUCAGGGACCGGUUCCCAUCAAUGACACCAACACCCAGUUUGUGGAGCAGACCAUUGCCAUCAUGAAGAACCUGCUGGACAGCCACACAGAGGGUAGCUCUGAGCACCUGGGGCAGGCCAGUAUUGAGACCAUGAUGCUGAACCUGGUCAGGUAUGUGCGUAUCCUGGGUAACGUGGUCCAUGCCAUCCAGAUCAAAACCAAGCUCUGCCAGCUUGUGGAAGUGAUGAUGGAGAGACGGGACGACCUGUCGUUCUGCCAAGAGAUGAAGUUCAGGAACAAAAUGGUGGAGUACCUGACAGACUGGGUGAUGGGAACCUCCAACCAAGCUGCUGACGAUGACAUCAAGUGUUUGACCAGAGACCUGGACCAGGCUAGCAUGGAGGCAGUAGUGUCGCUGUUAGCUGGUCUGCCUCUGCAGCCAGAGGAAGGCGACGGCGUGGAGCUCAUGGAGGCCAAGUCUCAGCUCUUCCUGAAGUACUUCACCUUGUUCAUGAACCUGCUGAACGACUGCAGCGAGGUGGAGGAUGAAGGCCAGACAGCUGGAGGACGCAAGAGGGGCAUGUCCCGACGCCUAGCAUCUCUCCGUCACUGCACUGUGUUAGCCAUGUCCAACCUGCUCAACGCUAACGUGGAUAGCGGCCUCAUGCACUCCAUUGGUUUGGGUUACCACAAAGACCUGCAGACCCGAGCCACAUUCAUGGAGGUGCUGACCAAGAUCCUGCAGCAAGGCACGGAGUUUGACACUUUGGCAGAGACGGUGCUGGCAGACCGCUUUGAGAGGCUGGUGGAGCUGGUCACCAUGAUGGGGGACCAGGGAGAGCUGCCCAUUGCCAUGGCGCUGGCCAACGUGGUUCCUGGCUCCCAGUGGGACGAGCUGGCCAGAGUUCUGGUGACACUCUUUGACUCGCGCCACCUGCUCUAUCAGCUUCUGUGGAACAUGUUCUCCAAGGAGGUGGAGCUGGCCGACUCCAUGCAGACUCUGUUCAGAGGGAACAGCCUGGCCAGCAAGAUCAUGACCUUCUGCUUCAAGGUGUACGGCGCUGCGUACCUUCAGAAGCUCCUGGAGCCUCUGCUGAGAGGAGUCAUCACCACCCCAGAACACAUCAGCUUUGAGGUGGACCCCACCAGGCUGGAACCUGAAGAGAACCUGAAGGAGAACCAGGGGAACCUGCUGCAGAUCACAGAGCGCUUCUUCCAGGCCAUCAUCGGCUCAUCCAACGAGUUUCCCCCUCAGCUGCGCAGCGUCUGCCACUGCCUGUAUCAGGCUACUUGCCACUCUCUACUGAAUAAAGCAACAGUAAAAGAAAAAAAGGAAAACAAAAAAUCCGUGGUGAGUCAGCGUUUUCCUCAGAACAGCAUCGGCGCCGUGGGAAGCGCCAUGUUCCUGCGUUUUGUCAACCCCGCCAUCGUUUCUCCUUAUGAGGCCGGCAUCCUGGACAAGAAGCCCCCCCCCAGAAUAGAGCGAGGCCUGAAGCUCAUGUCCAAGAUUCUGCAGAGCAUUGCCAACCACGUGUUGUUCACGAAGGAGGAGCACAUGAGGCCUUUCAAUGACUUUGUGAAGAGCAACUUUGAUUCAGCAAGGAGGUUCUUCCUAGACAUAGCUUCGGACUCUCCACCCAGCGACUCGGUCAACCACAGCCUGUCCUUCAUCAGCGACGGGAACGUGCUGGCCCUCCACCGGCUGCUGUGGAACAACCAGGAGAGGAUUGGCCAGUACCUCUCCAGUAACAGAGACCACAAGGCUGUCGGCAGGCGACCUUUUGACAAGAUGGCGACCCUGCUGGCCUAUCUGGGGCCCCCAGAGCACAAACCGGUGGCAGACACUCACUGGUCCAGUCUCAAUUUGACCAGCUCUAAGUUUGAGGAGUUCAUGACCAGGCACCAGGUCCAUGAGAAGGAGGAGUUCAAGGCGUUAAAGACGCUCAAUAUUUUCUACCAGGCGGGAACCUCCAAGAAUGGGAACCCGGUCUUCUACUACGUAGCUCGCAGGUUUAAGACUGGCCAGAUCAAUGGGGACCUUCUCAUCUACCACGUUCUCCUGACCCUCAAACCCUAUUAUGCCAAACCCUAUGAGAUCGUGGUGGAUUUGACUCAUGUUGGGCCCAGCAAUCGCUUCAAGACUGAUUUCCUUUCCAAAUGGUUUGUGGUGUUUCCUGGCUUUGCAUAUGAGAAUGUGGCAGCUGUUUAUGUCUACAACUGCAACACCUGGGUGAGAGAAUACACCAAGUAUCAUGAACGUCUUCUGACGGGGCUCAAAGGCAGCAAGCGGCUGCAGUUUAUUGACUCCCCUGCAAAGCUGGCUGAGCACAUUGAGCCGGAGCAGCAGAAACUACCUGCAGCCACGCUGACCCUAGAAGAAGACCUCAAAGUGUUCCACAAUGCUCUCAAGCUGGCUCACAAAGACACCAAGGUGUCAAUAAAGGUGGGCUCCACGGCAGUUCAGGUGACCUCAGCUGAGCGGACCCGGGUACUCGGUCAACCGGUCUUCCUCAACGACGUUUACUACGCCUCAGAGAUCGAGGAAAUCUGUCUGGUGGAUGAGAGCCAGUUUACCCUCACCAUGGCCAACCAGGGCACGCCUCUCACCUUCAUGCAUCAGGAGUGCGAUGCCAUCGUGCAGUCCAUAAUUCACAUCCGGACUCGCUGGGAGUUGUCUCAGCCCGACUCAAUCCCGCAGCACACGAAAAUUCGACCCAAAGAUGUACCUGGGACUCUGCUCAACAUCGCCUUACUCAACCUGGGCAGCUCUGACCCCAGCCUCAGAUCUGCAGCUUACAAUCUGCUGUGCGCUCUGACUUGCACCUUCAACCUGAAGAUUGAGGGCCAGCUGUUGGAGACGUCCGGCCUGUGCAUCCCAGCCAACAACACCCUCUUCAUCGUCUCCAUCAGCAAGACUCUGGCAGCCAAUGAGCCCCAUCUGACGCUUGAGUUUCUGGAGGAGUGCAUCUCCGGCUUCAGCAAGUCCAGUAUUGAACUGAAGCACCUCUGCCUUGAGUACAUGACACCCUGGCUGCUAAACCUCGUCCGCUUCUGCAAACAUAACGAUGACGCCAAGCGCCAACGUGUCACUGCCAUCCUCGACAAGCUCAUUACCAUGACAAUCAAUGAGAAACAGAUGUAUCCCUCCAUUCAGGCCAAGAUCUGGGGAAGCCUGGGCCAGAUAACGGACCUGCUGGAUGUGGUGUUGGACAGCUUCAUUAAGACCAGUGCCACCGGAGGUCUGGGCUCCAUCAAAGCAGAAGUCAUGGCUGACACUGCUGUGGCUUUGGCCUCAGGCAAUGUCAAACUAGUCUCCAACAAGGUUAUCGGGCGCAUGUGUAAGAUCAUCGACAAGACCUGCCUGUCGCCAACGCCAACCCUGGAGCAGCACCUAAUGUGGGACGACAUCGCCAUCCUUGCACGCUACAUGCUCAUGCUGUCCUUCAACAACUCUCUGGAUGUGGCAGCACACCUGCCAUACCUGUUCCACGUGGUGACCCUGCUCGUAGCCACAGGGCCGCUGUCCCUGAGGGCGUCCACUCACGGCCUAGUCAUAAACAUCAUCCACUCCCUCUGCACGUGCUCACAGCUCAACUUCAGUGAGGAGACGAAGCAGGUCCUGAGGCUCAGCCUGACCGAGUUCUCGCUGCCCAAGUUCUACCUGCUCUUUGGGAUCAGCAAAGUCAAGUCGGCCGCCGUCAUCGCCUUCCGCUCCAGCUACAGAGACCGCUCCUUUUCCCCGGGGUCCUACGAGAGAGAGACGUUUGCUCUGUCCUCACUGGAGACGGUCACCGAGGCCCUGUUGGAGAUCAUGGAGGCCUGUAUGCGGGACAUCCCUUCCUGCAAGUGGUUGGACCAGUGGACAGAGUUGGCUCAGAAGUUUGCCUUCCAGUACAACCCGUCCCUGCAGCCCCGAGCGCUGGUGGUGUUUGGCUGCAUCAGCAAGAGGGUGACCCACAGCCAGAUCAAGCAGAUCAUCCGGAUCCUGAGUAAAGCCAGCCCGCUGCUCAGCAUAGACCGGGGUCUGGAGAGCUGCCUGAAGGGUCCAGACAACUACAACAGCCAGGUUCUGAUUGAGGCCACCGUCAUCGCUCUGACCAAGCUGCAGCCGCUCCUCAGCAAGGACUCCCCCAUGCACAAAGCUCUGUUCUGGGUGGCUGUGGCCGUCCUGCAGCUGGAUGAGGUGAACCUGUACUCUGCUGGAACUGCUCUUUUGGAGCAGAACCUGCACACUCUGGACACCAUGCGCGUCUUCAAUGACAAGAGUCCAGAGGAGGUGUUCAUGGAGAUCCGGUGCCCCCUGGAAUGGCACUGCAAGCAAAUGGAUCAUUUUGUGGGCCUUAACUUUGGAGCCAACUUCAACUUUGCUCUGGUGGGCCACCUGCUCAAAGGCUACAGACACCCAUCCCCCACCACCGUGGCGAGGACUGUGCGGAUCCUGCACACGCUGUUGUCUCUGAUCAGCAAACACUUGAAGUGUGACAAGUUUGAGGUCAACACCCAGAGCGUGGCUUACCUCGCCGCUCUCCUCACUGUGUCAGAGGAGGUGAGGAGCCGCUGCAGCCUCAAGCACCGAAAGUCCCUGCUCAUCUCAGACCUCUCCAUGGAUCCAGUGCCAAUGGACACGUACUCCAGUCAUAUCCCAGAUGCCACCUGCAGGACUCUACACGAGCCUCAGCCGUGGCCGUCGCCUCAGGUGUCAGAUCGCUGCUACCUUUCAGCCCAUCAGUACUCAACAGUUGGUCAAAUCAGUCCACGAACACGCAAAUCCAUGAGCCUGGACAUGGGCCAGCCAUCCCAGGCGAACACCAAGAAGCUGCUGGGCACCAGGAAGAGCUUCGAUCACCUUAUGUCUGACCUCAAGGCACCAAAGAGACCAGAGAUGGAGUCUGGAAUGACCACCCCUCCCAAGAUGAGGCGUGUGGCAGAGAACGACUUUGCCAUAGAGACCCAACGAAUCGGAAACUCUCACCUUCGCAAAGUGUCUGUGUCAGAGUCCAAUGUCCUGCUGGACGAGGAAGUUCUCACGGACCCAAAGAUUCAGGCUCUGCUGCUCACUGUGCUGGCCACCCAGGUGAAGUACAGCACCGACGACUUUGACCAGCGGAUUCUGUACGAGUACUUGGCUGAAGCCAGCGUCGUCUUCCCGAAGGUCUUUCCAGUUGUAUACAACUUGCUGGACUCCAAAAUCAACACUGUGCUGACCAUGUGCCAGGACACCAACCUCCUGAACCCCGUCCAUGGCAUCGUCCAGAGCGUGGUCUACCAUGAAGAGUCGCCCCCCCAGUACCAGCCUUCUUACUUACAGAGCUUUGGCUUUAACGGACUCUGGAGGUUUGCUGGACCCUUCUCCAAGCAAACCCAAAUCCCAGACUACGCCGAGCUGAUCGUCAAGUUCCUGGAGGCGCUGAUCGACAGCUACCUGCCGGCAGCGGAUGAGGAGCGAGGGGAGGAGCAACUGAGGACGCCCACCUCUCCCUACCCCCCCUCCAGCCAGAGCCAACUGAGCAUCACUGCCAACCUCAACCUGUCCAACUCCAUGACCUCACUGGCCACGUCCCAACACUCACCAGGAGGGUCUCAUGCACGGAGCAGAGCUUCAUCAUCGGGAAACCCGUCCAGACCCUGCAGUCCAGGUGUGGACAAAGAAAACGUCCAGCUGUCCCCCAGCUCCGCCCUUUCAAGCGGGGGCCGCACUCGCCACGGCUCAGCAAGUCAGGUGCAAAAGCAGCGCAGCGCCGGCAGCUUCAAGAGGCCCAGUAUCAAGAAGAUGGUGUGAAGGGCAGCAGACGUGGCUCUCUCUGCUCUUCAUCUUCUGGUUCCUCGUGGUCGUUGCUCUGGAAAAAGCGGCGGCGGUGGGACUUUUAUGCCGAGGAACGUGGCAGAGGACGAAGUCGAGUGGCUCUGCUGGGGAUUUUUCCUUUCCUGUCUUUAGUUUGGGACAGUGCGGCGCGUGUAGAGGCCGCGCUGUAAAUGUUUCUGCUGAUGGGAGAACCCAGGAGGUGGCCAAUCAACAGCAGACAGAGGCUGACCUUUGACAUGUGGGCGGAGCUCAGGAAGCAGCAACGAGCAGCUGGCUGUGUACAUAGAUGGACGUCCACGCCCCGUGGGUGUGUCGGGGCUUCCACGUGUGCAUUUUAUGGGAAGAUCGGGCAGGAGCACGGCGGCGCCCCCGCCUGCUCACGGCAGCGCCCCCGCCUGCUCACGGCAGCGCCCCCGCCUGCUCACGGCAGCGCCCCCUGCAGUAUUUGUCUGUAAAUUCCUGUUGUAACUUCCUUUUUAUUCCUCAACCCACAUGCUGUGACUGAAGUAUUGACAUCAUCACACCUCGUCACGGUUGCGCUCAUCACUCCUGCUGCAGUAAAACACGCCUGCUGCUGAUGGCGAGAAGAGUGUUCACGUCUCUCAUUUGCUCUGACUGCCCCCACCCCCGCAGCCAGAACUGUCACCACGUCAUGGACAACCUUGGCCUCCGUCCUCAGGAGCCUCACUGUCUGCGGUCUUCAGGUAUCUUCCAUUCUUCACCUGACAGCGCCGGCCCUCCCACAGGUGUGCACAGCUGAUGGCGUUCUGGACCUAUGACUGGGUUUGGUCUACAGAGCACUUCCUGCUUCUCGACCAAUCAGAGAGGAGUAUGCCGACCGAGAGGAUGUCUCGUGGAGGUCGGAGGUCAGAGCACGUACGGAGGACUCUUCAGAGACGUGGAAGUCAGUUCUGGCCACAGCUCCGCCCACUCAGCUGGGAUGCUGCAUGGGGAUUGGCUUGUGGAAAUCUACAGGUCUGAUAGAUUUGAGUUUGGGCUUGUAGAAAGUCGGUUCCUCGCCGCGGCUUCACUGACGUUCAGCGCCUGAAGGCUCGCCAUGUUGGACAGCGGGACGCCUGGAGACAGGCGGUCCACUUGCACUAAUUUAAGAACCGUCUGGUUUGUAAAAUGUGGCAUGUUUUAUUUGAUGUUAUGCAAAAUCUAACGUCUGUAGAGUUCUGGUCCGUUUUGUUUUUAAUGCCGUGUGUGACGACUGUAAAUACUUUGUGUACAAUUUGAGAUGGUAUAUUUACUACACUGUACAUAGCUGUGAUAUUGUAUCAUUUUGGUUUUGUAAAGCCCUUAGUUUCUGUAUAAUAAUACACAAAAUGGAACUAUUCCAGUGUUGGUAAUAAAAUGUUUUGCCCCUCG